ACGAACGAACUACUCACGUACACUCGCAAGCUUUCUAACCUCAAAACUAAAAGUUCCAACCUCAAUCUAGUACUAGCCCCCAAGUAGGGGCGUUUUUGUGUACGCAAUGACUGAUUCAGCGGUCGUGAUCAAAGCCAAGCCACAGAGAAAAGUCUUCAAAGCUACGAAGGUGACGAAAAUCCCGGAAUCUUUGCUGAACAACACCAAACUUCAAGCAGCGAUCUCUGCCUUGCCAAAAAACUACAACUUCGAAAUUCCCAAAACGAUAUGGCGUAUCCAGGAACUCAAGGCGAAGACCGUAGCGCUGCAAAUGCCCGAAGGCUUGCUUCUUUUCUCCACGACGAUAGCGGAUAUCAUCAAAGAAUUCUCGGGAGCUGAUUCUGUCAUAAUGGGAGACGUUACAUAUGGGGCCUGCUGCAUCGAUGAUAUAACAGCAAAGGCGCUAGGGGUGGAGUUGUUGGUCCAUUACGGGCACAGCUGCUUAGUGCCUGCAGACCAAACUGGUGGUGUCAAAGUCCUGUACGUGUUCGUCGACAUCAAAAUUGAUCCCUUGCAUUUCAUAGACACCGUCAAGGUAAAUUUCAACACUUCCGAGAAAAUAGCGCUGGUGAGCACCAUACAGUUCGUAACAACCCUCCAAGCCGCAGCUGCAAGUCUGAGAGAAAUGGGGUACGACAUAUCUGUCCCGCAAUUCAAACCUCUCUCACCAGGGGAGAUUCUGGGGUGUACAGCCCCCGUGCUGAAAUGCGACGGUGUCCUCAUCUACCUGGGCGACGGACAGUUCCACCUCGAGGCAGCUAUGAUCGCGAAUCCUAGAAGGAAGGCCUACAAGUACGAUCCCUACUCAAAAAAAUUCACGAAAGAGUCCUACGACCACGAGGAGAUGGAGAGAAUCAGGCAGGAGAAGAUAGAACAAGCCAAGUCUGCUGGGACUUUCGGGGUCGUAAUGGGGACCCUCGGGAGACAGGGAAACCCCAACGUAGUCGAACAUUUACGGAAGCGAUUGGAAGAAAGCGGGAGAAAGGUUGCUGUAAUCUUGCUGUCGGAGAUAUUUCCCAGCAAACUGGACUUGUUCACGGGAAUCGAUGCGUUUGUACAGAUUGCUUGUCCGAGACUGUCGAUCGAUUGGGGAAAUGCUUUUUCCAAACCGUUUAUAACUCCUUACGAAGGUGCGAUUGUGUUGGGUGAUGCCAAAUGGCACGAGAAGAGUUCCAACUAUCCGAUGGACUUCUAUGCCAAUGCCAGUUUGGGGCCGUGGACUCCCAACCACAAGCCAGAUGCAGAUGGGAUGGAUAAAUGUUGUGGGAAGUGUAUAUAGUUAGUUGAAUUUUUUAUAUUUAUUUAUGAUAAUAAAUUGACGUUACUGUUCUAAA